UAUAUAUAUAUAUAUAUAUAUAUAUAUGUAUGUAUGUAUGUAUAGUGAUAAUAAUCGUAUUGUUUUCUCAGGAAUUCCCGCAGGAUAGCCGAGGUGUGGCUGGACGAGUUCACGCAUUUCUUCUACGAGACGCGACCCAACGCUAUCAACAAGCCCUUUGGGGACGUGAGCGAGCGGAAGGAGAUAAGGACGAAGCUGAAGUGUCGCGGCUUCGGCUGGUUCCUGAAGACGACCUACCCGGAGCUCUCCACGCCCUCCAAGCACGAGCUCGCCUACGGGCAGCUGCGGCAGGGGGACCUCUGUCUGCAGGGACCCGAGGCCGACCCCAAGCAGCGCCAGCGGAGGUCGUCUCAGCCACAGGAGGUGCUCGUCGAGGUCGUCAUGUGCGUCGGGGGCAAGCAGGGUCAGGAGUGGUCGCUGACCCAGGACGGCGCCGUGACCCAGAGCGGCGCCGUGACUCCUGGCGGCGUGGCGGCGGAGGGCGCGGGGUGCCUGGCGGUCCUCUCGCACGACGACGCGCGAGUGUUCGUGCAGGAGUGCCAGGCGGGGCCGAGACAGCGCUGGCUCCGGCAAGGGCGCAGGCUUCAGCACGCGGCCUCGGGCAUGUGCCUGGACUCGGCCAGCAACGAAGGCGCCCUCGUGCUGCCCUGCCGCGACAGCCUCCUCUCGCAGCAGUGGGACUUCUCCGUCGAGCUGCAGGCGCUCACCACGCUCUAGGGGAGCCGAGUCGACCGCCUGCGACGCCCCAGCAAACCCGCUUCGCUUGGCUCGUACUUCAGCGAAAGCCCCAGCGGCUUGUUAGUGAAAAAUUCCCACCACCGCCUCGUAAUGCAGAAUUUAGUUCCAUUUCCAACCAACGCUCUGUAACACCCCUCUUCCCCCUUCCCCUCGCCCCCCCCACAGAAGUAUCAUUCUCUCCCGCGAAGUCUCCUGUUCUCCACUCUGCUCCUGUGCGAAUCCCCUACUUAAAACACGGGGGAAUCCGAUAUACAUAGUGGAAUUCUAGCGACACUGUGCUACCUGGACCAAGCACACAUACAUAACUUUUAGCUCUCCCCUCACCUUUAAUUAAACCCGUUUAUUCAAUAUCUGCAACGUUUAUUAUCAUAUUGCUACGAAGCAUCUCCUGUCAUCACGUCUUCAUAUCAGCCAUUGUGACAUCCACAUCACAGCUGACGUCAUCCAUCGCCUCCUCAUCCAAACUUUGCUUUCAUGUCAAAAAUCAAUAAAGGACUUUUCAUUUUCCUAUACAUUAUUGUGUACAUACAUCUCUUAACUUUCUUCUAUACUCUUUGGCUUCAUUUUUUUUUUCGUCUGUGAUAGAUUAUCUAAUAGAUAUUUUUUAGUAGACAGUUUGUUAAUUAGUGAAGAUUCCUGCAGCCAAGAGUCGAAAGGGACACUGACUCUCUUAAACAACCCGGAAUUAACGGUCAUAUUGCCUUAUUAUUCCUUGAAUUUGAGUGUUUACAUAAAAGUGUCACUAGUGUAGAUAUUUUUUUCAGUCGAAAGCAAAUACACAGACUGAUGUAAGUUUCUGUUUUCAGUCGAAAGUAAAUGUACAGACUGAAGUGAUUAUACUUCAAUCGAAAGUAAGUAAAUACUCCGAAGUGAAGUGAAUAUACAGACUGAAUGACCUGUGUCUUAUUUCUGGGUUGAAAGUGAAUAUAUUUAGAUUGAAGUGAAUUGUGUGUGUGUGUGUGUGUGUGUGUGUGUGUGUGUGUGUGUGUGUGUGUGUGUGUGUGUGUGUGUGUGUGUGUGUGUGUGUGUGUGUGUGUGUGUGUGUUAGAUUGAAAGGAAAUAUAUAGAGUGAAGUGAAUUAGUGUUAGGAUAAAAUCAUAUCUAUGCCUUCCCAUGCGUUGUGAACAUAGUGAAUGCUAACAUGCAUACUACAUAUCCCACAUACGAGAUACAUAUCACAGAAGGUGCCAAUAUUUCCACGCGUACUCUGUGCACAUGUCACAGGUUGCCAGCAUGGAUUAUAUAACACUAUAAUCUUCGAAUCUACCAUAUCUUUAGUGGUUGCAACUUGUAUUAACCACUUAAUUAAACAUUCCAGAUUAAUGUAACAUUACAAAUAUGAAAUUUCUUUUUACCUCGAUUUAUUAACAGAUAUCGAGUGAUCAAGAUGUGAUAUUUAUAUAAUCAUGAACAAAUGUCAACCAUUUAGUUAUUUAUUCCUAUUUUGCAUUACAUAAUUUUUUAUUGAUAAUCAAUUCCAGAUGAAUUAUAGGGAAAAAAAGUUCUAUGUUAUUCGACUAAGCUUACCGAUCUGUUAUUAUUAUUUCGUUAUAUAUAUAUUUCCCUUGAGUGUUUGAAAGGGAAAUAUUAUUUAUUUCAUAUAUAUAUUUAUUGGUGUCAGAGAGUGAUCAGUAUUGCAUAUGUUGUAUAUGGUUUGAAACUGAGUUUUGUGUUGUGUUCUGUUGACUAAGUUAAUAAAAAUGAUGGGAAUCUG